AGUGAAGACUGUUUUACGGCAGGCAUGUGUAUGCAGGGAGCUUGUAGUUAGCGGAAUAGCUGUCUACUUAAAUUGUGAGAGCGCUUUUUCAACUUUGAAAUAAAAUUAUAAGAAAGCUGAGACUUGUAUCCUGGACAAAUGGACGUCGGAGAGCUCCUGAACUAUCAGCCUGAUAGGGGAGCAAAGCGUCCCAGGGGCGAAGAGGAUGGAGGAGCAGGAGGAGAUGAAGACUCCAGAGGAGGGAAGCAGCUGAAAGGGAUGAGUGCUAGAGAGCUGGCCAGAUACAGGGAGGUGGCAGGAGCAGAAGGAGGUGCUGAGAUGAGGGAGACUGAGGAACUCAUAGGGGACAAGAAGAUAAUCCUGGAAAAGCUGAUGGACCAGGAUGCAGAAGAACCUGAGGCAGAACUGGUCGAUGAGAGCUCAGUGAAGAAAAUGAUCCUGACCUUUGAGAAGAGGUCAUACAAAAACCAGGAACUAAGGAUUAAGUUUCCAGACAAUCCAGAAAAGUUCAUGGAGUCGGAGCUUGAUCUGAAUGACAUUAUCCAGGAAAUGCAUGUGAUUGCUACAAUGCCAGAUCUCUACCACCUGCUGGUGGAGCUGAACGCCGUCCACUCACUACUGGGCCUCCUCAGUCAUGAAAAUACUGAUGUCGCCAUAGCUGUGGUGGACCUGCUGCAGGAGCUGACAGAUAUUGACACACUGCAUGAGAGCGAGGAUGGUGCUGAGGUACUCAUAGAUGCUCUGUUGGAGGGUCAGGUGGUUGCCCUGCUGGUGCAGAAUAUGGAGCGUCUGGACGAGCAGGUGAAGGAGGAGGCUGAUGGAAUCUAUAACACCCUCGCCAUCAUUGAGAACAUGGCAGAGUUCAGACCAGGCAUGUGCACAGAGGCUGCCCAGCAGGGACUCAUGCAGUGGCUGCUCAAGAGAAUCAAGGCAAAGAUGCCUUUUGAUGCUAACAAGCUUUACUGCAGUGAAAUCCUGGCCAUCUUGCUGCAGAACAAUGACAAUACCAGAGAACUACUGGGUGAGAUGGAUGGCAUUGAUGUGUUACUGCAGCAACUAUCUUUCCUGCUGCCAGAAAAGAUCCCCACAGCUGUUUCUUCUCUAUCCUGCAGAGAAAAGAAGAUGUCCCGAACCAGUGCUCUGAAGGUCUUGGACCAUGGAAUGAUUGGACCAGAGGGAACAGAUAACUGCCAUAAAUUUGUGGACAUCUUGGGGUUGCGAACAAUCUUCCCGCUUUUCAUGAAAACUCCUAAGAAGAUGAGAAAAACUGGUGUUUCAGAGCGGGAGCAUGAAGAACACGUCUGCUCCAUCAUCGCCUCCAUGCUGAGAAAUCUCAAGUCCCAGCAGAGAAGCAGGCUCCUCAGCAAGUUCACGGAGAACGACUGUGAGAAGGUUGAUCGACUGAUGGAGUUGCAUUUUAAGUACCUCGAGGCUGUUCAACAGGCUGACAAAAGGAUUGAAGGAGAGAAACAUGAGAUGGUCCGUCGUGGGGAGAUCUUGGACGACAGCAUGGAGGAUGAGUUUUACCUUCGUCGUCUGGACGCCGGGCUAUUUGUUCUUCAGUUGAUCUGCUACAUUAUGGUGGAGAUCAGCAACUCAGGAAUCCCACAGCUUCAACAGAGGGUCCAUCAAAUUCUUAACCUAAGAGGAGGUUCUGUCAAAGUAGUGCGCCACAUCAUGAGAGAGUACGCCGAGAGCAUCGGAGAUGGAAAGAGCGAUGAGUUCAAAGAGGCCGAGCGGAAGAGGAUCAUGGACCUCGCAGACAACUUCUAAGCUCACUUCUUCUCUUGCAGACGCUCACGCUUUCCCACCCUCAAACACGAAGAACCCCGGUGAUCAUCAAACCCAGAAAAUUAAUGAUUAAAUGAACAGAAACAGCUAAAAGCAUUCAGUGGAGGGAGAUUUGGUUUCAUGUGAGAAAGAAUUUAAAAUUACAGCCCUAAGUUAAUAAUUUCCUUUUUGUCUACUUGUCUAAGUCUUGUGUCAGAGAAUUGGUUCAGUUCCAAAUAAGAUGUUUACUGCAGACACAGUGGGAGUUGAGUUUGGAAGGCAGAAAAUUGUAUCUUGACUGAAACACCCAGCCAGCAAGACUACUCUCAGCAACAGUGCUGUUUAUUUACUGAACUCUGGUGUUGGACACUGCAGGAUAAUCAUGGACACAGAUUUUAAACUCAGAAAUUCCCCCCUCAAAGCUUUUUACCUGGCGAGUUUUUGUUUGGUCUGUUUUGUUUCUGUUUUUGUUUUUUAUGGAUUUAGGUGUAAAAUAUUUUCUA